AUGUUCUCCACUUUUGUCGCCAGUUCCCCCAAUCGCCACGGCGACAAUAACAACAAAACAAGUCACACCAACGGGUCCUCUUCUUCCUCCACCUCAGUUCCUCCACGUUCUAAACGCAACCAGGUCGCUCGGGCUUGCGACUGGUGCCGUGUGCAUCGCAUCAAAUGUGACAGCAGCUUGCCCUGUCAGAAUUGUCGCAAGCGAGGCGGUAGUUGCACCAAAAAGAGUGCGGCUGAAAUCCGCACUCUGCCACAGGCUGUAAGAGAGAUUGAGCGACUACGACAACGCGUUCAGGAACUUGAAGAACAACUAGAAAAUGCUACCAAUACUAAUACCGCCUCCAACAUUGACGACCGGACGAUUCGAAAAGAAAACCGACCGUCGGGGACAAGGAAAGGAUGGGACGGAAUCCAUACACGCACCGCACACUCCUCGCAAACCCAGUGGUAUGGGCCGUCGUCGGCCUUCUACUUUAUCGGUCGCAUGAGCGCAUACCUCUGCGCCGUUUUCAAUCAACCUGAGGACGAUCAUAACCUGCAGCCCAACUCCGCCAGUCGCAUCUUUACCAGUCCGACCUCGACUAGAUCCACUCCGGAAGAGCUACCGACGCCUUCUGCGAUCGCCCACGGCCCCAUCAGUUCGGAGACAUUUCUCAAUAGCAUCGAGGAGGACUUUUUCCUGAAUUUGUUUUGGCAUUCAUACCAUCCGACCUACCAGAUCCUGGAUGAGGCGGAGUUUCGGGAGCACUAUAAAUCCCUUUGGGUCGAUUCGGCCACAACACGAAAACCUUCAGCUCUAGUCGAUAUAGUCCUCGCUCUGUGUAUGCAGUAUGGCGUCGCCUUGACUCCGGACAGCAGCGUUCACCCCACCGUCACCUCCGGCCGACACGACGGUCAUGUAGACUUCAACGACGCAAGUAUCGCGGGUCGAUGGUACUACCGUCGGUCGCAGACUCUCCUCGUUUCGGAACUGGAGAGUCCGUCCAUCACCACCCUGCAAUGUCACAUAUGUUCGGUCGUCUACCUGUGCAACGCUUCCUUUCAGAACAUGGCGCACACUACCCUGGCGCUCGCGGUACGCACCGCGCAUAUUCUCGGACUACAUCUCGAGCCGCGUGAGAACCUGCCACGUCCCCAGCGAGAGUUGCGCAAGCGCAUCUGGUGGACGCUGUAUACGAUUGAAAGCAAGACAUGCAUGAAACUCGGUCGACCGUGCUCCAUGCCUGACAUGACUGCGACGUGCCAACUGCCCGCCGACGAUCAUGAGCUGGCUCGACUGUCGGUGUCGAACAUCGCAGCGUAUGGCAACGAGGUGACGUGGUUGACCUACAGCCGCCUCCUCACAACAUUAGUGCUAGCGACUCAGACAGUUCAUCUUGGAUUUUACGAUAGACGUGCUGAGAUUCUUGCUGCCAAUGAGGCGAAGAGUCUGUACACAGAUUCAUCGUCUCUGGAAGCCUUGGCUGAAUUCCUGACAUCGCAGACAGACAAUAUUCGGGAAUGGUUACGGAGUGUUCCUGACGCCAUGAAGAGCAAACGCAAGGAUGGUGGUGAGCCGUUCUCAACCGACCGAUCGGAACUCGACCUGGAACGGUAUGCGCCCUCGUGGCUGCAGCGCCAACGGCUACUCCUCGAGCUUCUCUACCACAACCUGUCUAUGAACAUCCACCGGCCCUUCAUCUGCUUCCCUUCUACGUCACCGACCAACUUCAACAGCACACCCCUCACUGAAGGACAUGCAAUCUCCUGUGUCAACCAUGCCAUCACCAUCACACACAUCCUGCGCCAGAUUCUAACCGCCGCCGACUUCCUCAAAGGUUGGUACGAGGCCUUUCAAUGGCAGUGGAACUCGACUCUCUCCAUGGUUGGUUUCAUUCUUGCCUACCCCUCCCAUCCGUCCACUCCAACAGCCCGCGCGGCCAUCGACGAUGCCAUCACCGUCUUCGAGGUAUUUGGCAACAACUUUGCGGUCGCGGGGAGCGCUGCCAAUGUGACUCGGGGACUCGCUGCCAAGGCGGACUUUCUCAGCGGCCGAUUUGGCGAGGGUGUCGGGACUGCAACCACACUGACUCCCCCGUACUCGGGCCAAAUGGAAGGUUUCUUAGGGCCUAUGGGAAACGAUGUGACUGGCAGUUUGAUGCUGGCAGAUGAGCCCUCGGUUAUGUUUCAGAGCACGCUGGCGGAAGCCAUGGGACUGACGUACAACGUUGAUUCGUUCUACAGCUUCGAGCCCUUGUAUGCAGGUUCAAGCAAUCUGGCAGAUGCGUGGAAUCUCAGCUACGAUUGA